CCCAGCACAGAGCAACCCUUUGAGACUCGACUGGGCCAACUCGAGCAAACAGUCCAAUUGUUGACACAAUCAAUUGAUCGAGUACUGCAGAACCUCGAUUUUUCACGUCAACAUGAAAACAAGCAGACGGAAGCCUCAUAUAUACCCUGCGUCGGUCCAGAAAAUAGCGGCGAUCAUGCAAAACUCUAUAUCGGCCCAUCAACUUCAUUCUCUUUCUUGAAGGACACUUCAGCUAAUGUUGAUACAAUUCCUCAAGUACCAGGAGAUACCAUUCGACAGAGAGCCCGAACGGAGUUUCAAUAUUUGUCCAGUAGAUUAACCACUGCCGAAGUGGGAAAACAAGCUUUGAGAAGCUCUGCUGAGUAUCAUCUACCAACCAAACCGGCGGGCUACCGCCUGAUUGGCCGAUUCCUGGAGUAUUGUGAGCUCGGUGAGCCAUUCUUUACAUCCCCAUCCGAUGAUCUCAUAAGGGAAGUGGUUUUUGAACCACAUCAAGUCCGAGAGAAGGCAUGGGUCAUCUACUUCAACUAUAUGAUGCUUUCGAUCGCUUCUAAUGAGAGUGGGGAAAGUGAAGACACAAAUCAAUUCCGUCGCAAUGUUCAACUUGCGCUUGAUGACAGCCGAAUAUUUCUCGAGCCGCGUUAUGCUAAUGUUCAGGCCUUGUGUUUCCUGGCAAUGCAUGGCGAAGACUACGCCUCACCAAAUCUAUCUUGGAUGCUCUUAGGACAUGCCUGCAGACAAGCAGAGGCGUUAGGACUCCAUUCUACUAGUCAACGCGACGAGAAAGCAGGACAACAGCGCCUUUGCCUCUUCUGGCUCCUAUUUAUGAUCGACAAAUCCUGCUCGCUUGCAUUUGGGCGACCGGCUUUCCUUCCAACGGCCGUGUACAAGAAUGUCCCUUUACCUCACAGGUCUUCCUUACUGAAUUUCAAUCCACAUGAACGUGCUGCAUUUGUGAAUUACCAAAGCUGCGCCCAGGGAUCUCAAUUUGGUGCUGAACUUGUUACCCGAUCGAUUGAAUGGGCAAAGCUAGGGGGCUCUCUUGGGGAGAUCUUGGCAACAGGCGGGUCUAUUCUUGCAAAGGGAGAGAUAAGAUCAAAACUUGAGGGUUGGUUUUCGGAUACGAACCAGGCUCUUACACAAAUCCUGAACGACGAAAGCCGCUUCGCGAAUGCUAGCCAAGUCAGAGAGAUGUCUUUGGGAAUAAGCACUAUCAAGUUCCAGUACUUACAUUCUCUCAUCCUCUUACUCAAAGGCGACUCAGCCUCCUAUGAUGUUCGUCUCUCGUCUGCUCGUGAAGCUAUUGCCAUCUUAAACUCUAUCGUCUCUAACUGGAGUUCCGUCUACAAUGGUGUUGUUUGGUAA